GAUGGCUCCCGAGCGCAUGAUGUCCCUGUCACAAGUUUGUGUCCCUCUGGUUACUCUGCCUGAUUUUGAACCACUGGUGGAGGCUCUACUUACUUACCAUGGACGUGAACCUCAGGAAGCCCUCUCGCCAGAGUUCUUCGAAGCUGUAAAUGAGGCCUUCUUGUCGAAAAAGAUGAUUCUGCCUACGUCCUCUGUGGUCAGCCUCUGGUUUCGCCAUCUCCCAAGUCUUGAAAAAGCAACUCUGCAUCUUUUUGAAAAGCUGUUCUCCAGCAAGAGAAAUCGCCUGGGAGAGGUGGAGUGCUGUAUAAAAGAGUCAUUGCUGGUACGUGCUGGGCUUUGGUGACAGAAGUAAAAAAUAUGAUCAGAG